AUGCUGAAAAAUGUUAUUGGAGAUGAUCAAGCCAACAAAUCCGAUAUCGGCACUGUUGGGAAGCUUUUAGCUGGUGGUGUGGCUGGUAGAUUUAUGCAGACUGCAAUUUAUUUGUUGGAUCUUAUCGAAACUAGGCUACAUACUUGUGCCUCUGAGGUGGAAGAGCUUCUAAUCCUGGAACAAUCACAAAGAAUAUAUGCAUUCAAGACUGAGGGACCUCGAGCUUUCAACCGAGGACUUCUUCCAUCUGUGAUCGGUAUGAUUUCUUAUGCUGGCGUUGAUCUCGCUGUUUAUGAUACAUUGAAAGAUAUGUCUAGAAGAUGUAUUAUUCAUAAUAAUGAUUCUGGUCCUCUUAUACAACUGGGGUGUGGAACAAUUUCUGGAACCCUUGGAACUACUUGUGUCUUUCCACUUCAGGUUAUUCGUACUAGGUAUAGUUUUGCUUCUAAACUAUUCUUACCCGAAUGGAAUGACCCGGAUCAAGAGUAA